CGGUUGCCGGUUGGUUGGUAUGAGCAAGUCCAAGCUGAAAAAAACAAAAGAACUGUCACAUCAAACAUCGAGCUGUCGAGCUUAAAUCGCGACUCUACUUGUGUGAUCCCAACUCCCAAGCCAUCACUUCCCCUGCUUCUCUCCCUGGCUUCCUCCUCUCCGUGGUGCCGAUCUUGUUGAUUCCAAUGGCCGACUUGAUCCCGACCAUCGUUCUCGCCAUGGGCGCAGCCGCGUUGGGCGGCCCCGACGCGCUCCGCUUCCUGCUCGCCUUCGCCGGGCGGAGUCCCGCCGUCGACGUAGCCGUCUGCGUCUUCGCCAUCUCCGCGGCCACCACCUCUGUCCUCGGCAUCAUGCUUCUGGUACGCAUCUUCCGCCGAGCCAGCGUGGUGCGCAAUGCCGCUGCCCCGCAUGCGCCGGCCACGGACGUGUUCCCGAAGAUGGUGCGGAUGGUUGCCUUCCCCGUGGCGUUCCUCGUCACGGCCUGCCUUCUCGCCGCCCAGGCCCUCGCGCCCGGAAGCGAGCUGGACGCCGGCCAGUACGCAUGUUCUGCCUGACGCCCGUGUCCCGCACUCCUGAGCGCGGCGGCGGGUUUGGACGUCUGCUGCGGCAGCGUUCGCGUGUGCUCGUGUCGUUCAAUGUUCCCCCGCGCAAGACUGCAACUUUUUUGUUGCUCACCGCAUGCCUGCAGUCUAUAACAUCAGUGGUUACCUACUUACCUGCACCAUUUGUGUUGCUCAAUACCCGCAGCUUGUAGCUUCAUAUGAUGUUUUUUUUUUUU